AUGGCCGAGCCGACGCCCCCCGCCGUGCCGUGGUUCCCCUGCGUCAAGGACCGCAGCAGCGACGACUGGCAGAAAAUCUUCGAGAUGAAGCCGGUGCUCGGUGAGCAGCGCCUGAUUCUGACGCUGGAGGAUGGCGGCACGCUGAUCAAGAUCGAGGACAACCAGCUGCAACGCCGCUACUUGCUGGUGACGAGCCCGAACGCCGAGGGCAACCGUCGCCGCAUCUACUUCGAAAAGCGCAAGGAAGAGAAUUUCAUGGUCUCCGACAUGGUCGACCGUGACGGGGUGCGCAUCGACGAGGAGAAGGGCCCGUACCGGCUGCGCGAGAUGUGGCUCGAGAAU